UGAUUGCAUGAAACUGCUGAACUGUGAUCAAUCAGAAAUUUAGCCUUUACUCGAAAAGGUCACGUUUGCUUGAGUGGAUCCGGACAGCUUUGCUUGAGUUUAUAUUGUUUGUGGAAAUAAAAUUGCACAACACCAAAUGCUAACCCUCCAGUUCCAUGUGUAGUUUCUCCCUCAGUCUUGGGUGCCCUUUUUUUUUUUUCUUCUUUUUUUUUUUUUUGAAAAAUCUGGUCCCAUAUCUGCAUUAUCAUGUACAUUCAGAAACUAGUUAUGAACUCUGUUUCUUAAAACUGCCUUGUACCUUUACACAAGUAACCUUUUUUCCUAAGAGUGUUUAAAUAUGUUUUUGUAUCGAAAUAAAUUUGUCAUUUCUAAUGUUACGUAUUUACAAGUAACAUCUUUGUGCUUUAAAUGCAUUUAGGGCUCUCUUUUUCUCUUAUUUGCAUCCUCUAGCUGGAGGACUAACCCGGAAGUGUUUAAAGAGUGACCACUCUCUGUCAGCUGAAGGGUCUUUGGCUGACUGGGUAUGUACAGUGAGUCAAAUCAUUUGGAUCUGUUUCACGAGUCCCAAACGACUCAUUGCUACAUUUUUAUGAAAACCAGCCAAAGCUGUUGGUCUUUGCAUAUUUGUACGUUUGCAUAUUAUUACUUUAAAUGAUUAUAAAAUGCAUUUAAAAGAAUAAGGGUUUUUUUUUAAGCAGAAGGAUUGAUUAGACAUGUGAGUCGGCUCACCUAAAAGAGUCGGCUCGUUCAUGAACGACUCGCAGGGCUGUCACACUGUAAAGGUUAAACAAGGCGUGAAAAGAUUGCGCCAUGACGUGACUCCUAUUUCAAUAUCCUGCUAAAACAGGCACUGGUUUUGUCGAGAGAGUCUCAGCCGCUUUAGCGUUUGCUAUUUAACGCCGUCAGAAAGCAGACUGAUUUAUAGCGCCGGCCUGCUUUUUAUUAAUGCCAGAGGUUUCUCACACCGACUGAACGCGACUCCAUUCGCUCUCAUUUCACCGAGAAUGGUUUUGUUUAGGUUUGGGGUUGUUUUGACCCCCGAGCGCUCGGAUAUCGAGGUGUUUGUCUCGGGAUCCCGUCCGGAGCUCGGGCACUGGGACGCCGGGAACGCGGUACCGAUGAAGCCGACGCGGACGCUGGCGUCCGGCUGCGACCCCUGCCUGUGGCUCGGGGAAGUGCAGCUCACUGAGCCGUACACACACAAGUUCUGGUUCAAGUUCCUUAAGAGGCUUAAUGGGAACUAUAUUUGGGAAGGUAAUGGCCCACAUCACGAUCGGGAGUGUGUGUAUGACCAAGGCAACAUGGUGGACGGGGUGUACUGUCACCCGAUUGGUCACUGGAUCGAGGUGAGCGGCCACACAGACGAGAUGAGGCACACGACAAACUUCUACUUCAGCGUCGCUGGACAACAGGCCAUGCACUUUUCCAAGAUCCUGCCUCGGAUUUGGCUGGGCAGUUGCCCUCGGCGGGUUGAGCACGUCACCCUGAAGCUGAAGCACGAGCUGGGCGUCACGGCCGUGAUGAACUUCCAGACCGAGUGGGACGUCGUAAACAACUCGCACGGCUGCCGGCGUGACCCCAACGAGCACAUGACCCCGGAGACCAUGAUGUACCUGUACCGAGACUGUGGUCUGGCUUACGUCUGGAUCCCGACGCCAGACAUGAGCACAGAGGGACGUGUGCGGAUGCUGCCCCAGGCCGUGUACCUGCUCUAUGGGCUGUUAGAAAACGGUCACAGCGUGUACGUGCACUGUAACGCAGGCGUGGGUCGCUCCACAGCCGCCGUGUGCGGCCUGCUGAUGUACGUGCUCGGGUGGAGCCUCAGGAAGGUGCAGUACUACCUUACAGCCAGGAGGGCGGCGGUAUACAUCGACGAGGAAGCUUUGGUACGAGCGCAGGAGGACUUCCUGCUGAAGUUUGGACGUUUACAUCCCCCGGUAUGCUGUUCUGAGAUGCAGGCAGGAGGACAAUGUUAGACAUAAAUACAGGAGUGGAUACUUAUACUAAAAAAUAUGAUUGUUGCAUAUGAAGGAUGAAUACCAGCAGUUUGAGAGAGGUCUAUAUAAAAUAUUUGUAGUUACAUUUUUUUAUUUUAAUUUUAUUUACUUUUAUUUAAUUUUUUUCACACACUUUUACUCCCAAAUUGUAGCAUCAUCUUUUUUGUUGUUGUUGUUGAAAUAUUAUAAAAGAAUAUUAAAGUGUUCAGCUGCUUCACUGAUCUGUAUCUCAUCUCCGGUUUGGAUACAAAUCACCUCUCUUUUUUUAUUACAACAUUUUUCUUGGAAAUGUUCCUCACAUUUUCAUCUUAUCAUCCUUCCCCUAUCUUCUUCCUGACAAAAUGGCCAUUUUGCAAAAGGGCACCUUCGAGCCGUUGGCAGCUCUUCUGCUCGCACAUGUGGCAGUUAUCGUUAUUCCAUGGACCGCUUUUCCAAAUUUAAUAUCCUGCUAAAUCAUUUUGUGAAUACUCAGCAUGGUGGCUAUAUUUAGAUCAGACCUUUCACUCACACCAUCACCCAGGCUGCUUUCCAAGGCAGGGUGUGAAAACAGUGUGACCUUUGAAUAAAUGGGUAGAAAUUCUGUCACUGUCCAGAAAGGCUUAUUGAGGGGAAAAAAAUGAGAAGAAGCUGGUAAAUUAUUCCGAAGGAGAGAUUUUAAAUUCAGAAAACAUCUUGUUCUCGCUCGCUUUCUGUCUCAGCAAAGAAAAAAGUGCUGAGUCUUUUUUGUUCUGUCCAUCCUCUAAAGUUUCACAGCACCGUUUUAAAACCCCUCACUCAUUUCAUCUGUUUACUUUGUCCCUCCAUGUCUGUUAGAGCUCAGGGUGUCUUUAUUUUAUAGCACAGUUUGCUGCUUUUCCUGGAGAUAAGGUUUCUGCAGAGCUUUUGUGCUGUACUUCAAACUCCUCAGUGUUCAAUAGGAUAGAAGAAGUGAGCUCUUAAAGCCAUGUGUCAGGCCUUGAGGAGGACGUGUGGGUGAGUGUGUGCGUGUGUGUGUGUGUGUGUGGGUGUAGAUGAGUGUAAGAUGGAGCAAGGAAGUGAAUGAGAAAAAAGAACAUGACCUUUUUCGACUCAUGUUCUACGAAUCCAGUAAGUGUGGUCAUUAAAGAAUGUCAAUUUUAGCCACAGACUGUGUGAGGACGUGUCUCGUCCUCGCUCUCCUCUCGCCACUCAGCGAAGCAUGUGACAAAUUCGAGUGCUUGUUUUCUUCCACAAUGUGACUUAUUUCUGUGGCCUGGAAUAAUGAAAGGCUGGACUUGUGCCAUAUUCUUUCCAUCUUUUAAUAAAGGAUUUGUGGGCUGUUUAAAGAUUGGGAUUUUUUUUUUUUUAUAACCAAACCCUUUUCAUGAUAGCUCCUUGGUCUUCAUGAUGCUGUUUAUUUCAUUCUCUAACAAACUCUUUAUAUUCAGAUCACAUGACCACUUCAUUUGCACACAGGUGGAUUACAUUAAUUAAAUAAUUAUGUGACUUCUAAUGGCACCAGAACUAAAGUAGGGGUUUCACAGUAAAGGGGGUGAAUACUUAUACAAUUACGGUUUUAAUAUGCAAACAGUUUUGCAAACUAUAUUGAUUUUUCACCCCACUUUAAUAUUAUGGGCUAUUUUGUGUAGAUUCAUGACAUGAAAUCCCAAUUAAAUCCAUUUCAGUUCCAGGUUGUAACACUACAAUAUGUGGAAAAGUUCAAGUGGGGGGUGAAUACUUAUGCAAAGCCCUGUAUCUUUGUGAAAGUCAGAUCUAGACAUUUAAGCUUAAAAUAAUUAUAAUGCAAUUAUUAUGAAGAAUUAUUACAGUGCAUUUGGCAAUGAUAGAUAGUGAUGUUGGAAUGUAAAAGAAGUGCAUUAGCUAUAUUGAAGUUUGGCUGGGGGAUUUUAUUGACCAGACCUGGCAACCCUAGACAUUACCGAACAGCCAGCUUUGUAUUUAAAUACAAGCAAAAUCACAAAGAAAUCUCUGGGAAUUUAUUUGCUUCGUUCUAGGACCCUGAGGUUGUUUAUAAUCGCAUUUUCAGUCAUUUUUUUCCGCACUUGUUUAUGUGAUUUGGAAGCAAUAAAACACUCUCGCGUUGGUAAUGGCCACUUCAGAAGCUGCUGUACAAACAAGUUCCUGUCUUUAAUGUUACUGCAGAUUGGAGACGUUUAUAAAAUGCCUGUGUAUUAGCAAGAUGCACAAGAUAGUAAAACGGAACAUAAUCAUUACUACUGGGUCGUUUGUUUCUAUGGAUUUAGACAAAUAAUUUGUAGACAUAAAGAUACAAUAAAAAUAAGACAUAACGCUUUACAUUUUAAACUGAAAUAUACAAUGAGUGCCAAAAAUCGCUUUCUUUAUACCAAGUGAUUUAAGGGAAUUAACUGCACAUUUUGUGCCAACUCAAAAUGUAUUUAAUUCAAGCCACCUCUAUUUAUAUAGCGCCUCUAAAACGCAAACUAUUAUCUUCCAAAGUGCUGCACAAUACAUCAAUUACCAAACUACAAAUGAAAGUGAAAUAAAAGGCAGUAAAAGACAAAACCCCAGGUGAAAAGACAGAACAAAAAACAGAUACUACAGAGGGUUUUUAAUUGAGUUUAAAAAUAGCUACAGUGGGGGAGCUGAAACUGAAAAAGACUGCAGUAUGGUUUACUUAGUUAAGAUUUAAUUGACAAUAAAUUUGAACCAUUUUGAAUUUUCAAUUUUCUGUGUGUAGAGAUGUGUGUGUUCAAAGCUGCUGAAGGGUAAAACAAAAAGCAGGUUGCAUCAAACAGCUGGUUUAUACUGGUUAGGUUUGCCAUCUGUUGUCAUGGCCAUGCUAAAUGUUGGUACAGUUGUUCAUGCUUGUCAUACGCAGUGUAAAAACAUGACUCAGAAAAGCUACAAUACCAAUAACAAUCCUACAAAUUCAUUCAAUACAUUUUUAUACUAAUUAUUACAAUGAAGUAUUUAGUAACUACAGCGAAACUAAUAACAAAAAGUCUGGAUCUGUCAACGGACCCUCAGAGUUUAAGAUCUAAACAUAUGCUGGUGAUAAGCAAUAUUAGCAAGUAUUGCUAACUUCUGAGGAUUUUAGCCAUAUAUAGCCAUCCUAUAUUUUAGCUACUGCUCUUUAUAAAGUGAUUAAAUGCUUUUGGUGGAAGUUGAGUGUGAAAGCUGGUUAAAAUGUGAAAAAUUUCAGUGCAGUGGUUUUGACACAUUCAUUUAAAAAGCAAAUCUGUAUCGGUCAAAAAAAAAAAAAAAAAGACGAGCCAGUGAUGCAGCGACGAUCCCAUCCUAGUCAAUAAUGUUUGGGCAGUGGUGUCUCAACAGAUAAGGCUCUGGAUUACUGAUCAGAAGGUCGGGGUUUCAAGCCCCAGCACCGCCAUGCUGUCACUGUUGGGCCCCUGAGCAAGGCCCUUAACCCUCUCUGCUCCAGGGGUGCUGGAUCACAGCUGACCCUGCGCUCUGACCCCAACUUCCUAACAUUCUGGGAUAUUUGAAAAAAGAAUUUCACUGUGCUGUAAUGUAAGUGUGACAAAUAACAUGAUAACUUGAGAGGCAGGGUGUGUAGGGUUUGAGGCAUUCCUAAUUUGCAUAAAAUCUGGACUUCUUAAAGAGGGUUAAAGUGUAAGUACGUCUGUUCUUUUGACAUUUUUCUAUAACCAAAAAGGAAAAAAUAUGAUCUUUAAAAUAUCAGGAAUAAGGGUUCCAUAUACACCAGAGAUAAUCUGACAGUACAUUAAGCCUUUAAUUCUCCCUGUACGGCUUCAAUAUCAUGUUUUAAAGCACGACCCAUAUCAAAUCUAAUUAUACACACUGUGAACAGAGGAGAUGUUGUAAAAGAAAGAAAAUGGAGAGAUAAAGACAUCGUCCAAAGCUCUGAUGGCUCUUCAGGGCUGAGGUUGAAGGGCAUAAUUCCUCAAGCACCACAUAUUAAAAUCUCAUAUUAUUUUUCUAGGAGUUAUAAUGAGUGAAAGCAGUUUUAGUGGAUUAUGUACUAAUGAGGUCAUAAGAGAAGAUGGUGGUGACCUCGACCCGAACACUUACUCUCACCUUUCUCGGAUUUUAUAUGAGUCAUGUGACUGUCUUGAGUCCUCUGGAUAUGUAUGCUUUAUCGCAGUAAAAGUGACAGGAAGCACAGUCAGUUAUAUUUAAGUAAGGAAUGUUUAAGUAACCAAAUAAAGCAUGAUGGGUGUGAGUUUAUUCGAAAAUAAUCAGGCCUGACAUAGUCAACCUUGAAGUCGAUUAUUUUCCUGUAAUGGCACGUCCUGAAUGGCCUCUUAUACCACAGCAAUUUAUCAGGGAUUAAAAUAUUUAAUUCAUAAAUGAAUGAGAUGAACCAUAUUUUUUAUCCAUUUACACUUACAUGUAAAGUUGUGGAACAUCCAUGAAACAAGUUCCUUUUAUCACUUACGCUGUAGCAGCUAUCAACAGUCAUUCCCUCACCAGCCUCUCUUUACUAAGUUACUGAGACGAAAAAAUGCAGCUUGUCAUUUUACUGAAAAACCAUAAAGUGUAAAAUUCUUCCAUCUUGAACACAUUCCUGUGUAGGAAAAAUUUACUUCCGACCGUUAAAACGUGCUAACACUGGAGACUCCUUCCAUAAAUUGCUAAAUAAACAUCUUCUCACUGAAAACUUUUUUUUAAUUAGUUUAUGUGGAGGGUCCACCAUACGAGUCAUUGUGUAACUUGUAACUAUAUAAAUAAUAACAUAAUAUAUAACAAUAAUAUAUAAAUAUUAGAACACACACAUUAAUAUAACCCUGUGAUUUGAAUUACAGCCAGCACUAUUGUCAGAGCUGCUGUUAUAGAAAAUUAAUCAACACCUUCUGACCAAUCAGAAUUGAGUAUUCAAAAGCACUGAAGUAUAAACUGGUAUAAUCCACUAUAGAUUAAGAAACACACACAGAGUUUGCCCGAAUAUGCGAUUUUCUCCCCAUUCCAUGUGACAGCAUCUAUUUUUUGCCCCAGUUCCGUUUCAUUUGUUCUGUUGGGGUGAAAUUUCCCAUAAAUCUCAGACAGGGUCUAUUAGCCCACGGGCCAGUGAGCCAUUCGUCAGAAAGACAAACUGCCGCUCCACUUGUGCUAUUGCAUCACAUUGUCAGACUGUCUCCUGCUCCGACUCACACACACACACACACACACACACACAAACACACAUAUCCACCUGCUAUUUUCAACUUCAAACACAAAUGAUCUCUCUAUUUUGUAGUCUCACUGCUUCUCUUUCAUCCCCUCCCUAUCUGUUGCAUGUGUUUCUUAGCAAUGCAUCAAACCCUUAUAGUUUCUCCAGGGGAUCACUCUAUUUUUCAACCACAGGCCAAAUAUUCACUACGCUCCUGCAUGAUGGAGACGUCCUCCAUCUUCAUCAUUCACUUCCCCUAACCUGGCACAGGACUGAAAGAAGAUUGGAAACCCAAGCGGGAGCCCAUGGGGCUGUUGGCAGGAACAAUUUUUCAGAUUGUCUUUCCAAACACUGCAUUGUGCACACACACACACACACCUGGGACACAACACUUCACAUUUUGUGUGGCUUGCUCAAAACUAAUCAUGAUGAAUCACUGGGUAUGCAGUGGGUAAUUAUGGGCAAUUCAUAUUCAAAUCUGCAACAGGCACGAAAGAGGCUGCAGCCAAAUGUAGACCUGGGUUUUGGUGUCCAGUGAUUUGCUCUAGGUCUGGUUCUGGAUCUUGGUGCACAGAGUCUUGGUCCGGUGUUGGGUCUCACUUCUCAGAGUCUUGGCAUUCAGUUCAGCAUUUUAGGUGGGGUCUGAUGCUUUCUUCCCAGUCUUGGUCUGGUUCUCAGAUUCAGGGCCCAAUGUCUUGUCUGGAUCUUGUGCCGCUGCUUAGAGUCUUCGUAUAGUUCUGGGUCUCUUUACUCAGAGGCUUGGUCUAGUUUUGGGUUUCAAGGUUCAAAGUCAGUUCAGCAGUUUGGUUGGGGUCUGAUUCUCUGUUCUCCAAGUCUAGGCCUGGUUGUGGAUUUUAUGGCCCAGACUAUUGAUCUGGUUCGGGGCCUUGGUUCUCAGAGUCUAUAUCUGGUGCUGGUUUCAUGCUCAGAGUCUCGGUCUGGAUCUGACAUUUCAGCAUUUGGUUGGGGUUUGAUUCUGUGUUCUCCGGGUCUUGGUCUGGUUCUGGGUUUCAGGGUCUUGGCCUGGUUCUGGUUUUCAGGACCUAAAGUGUUUAUCUCAGGGUUCUCAGAGCAUUUUGGUUGGGGUCUGUUGCUCACUUCUCAUUUCUCACUUCUCUCAACCAGUCUUGUUCUGGUUCUAGGUUUCAGGUCCCAAGGGUCUGGUGCUUGGAGUCUUAGUCUGGUUCUGGGUCUACAUUUUAUUAUGUGUCUCUGUUGACUUGGUCUGGUUGUGGGAUUCAGGGUCCAAAGGGUCCAAAGUCAAUGUCUGAUUCUGGCUCUCACUGCUUGGAUUCCUGGUCUGGUUCAAGGUCUUACUGCUGAGGACUUUGGUUAGGGUCUGGGUCUCACUGCUCAGAGUCUUGAUCUGGUUCCGGGGCUUUCUGUUCAGUGUUUUGGUUGGGGUCUGAUUUUCUGUUCCCAGAGUCUUGGUCUGGUUCUGGACUUGGUGCUCAGAGUCUUGGCCUGAAUCUUGGCUGACUAUCCCAAACAAGAUUGCAGGCUUUUUUUCGGGAUGCUGGAUGUAAUAAUCUAUUCCACACUAGUCUACACUAACUUUUUUGAGUUACUAUUUGAAUGUAAAGCAUAGAAAAACAAAUAAUUAUUGAUAAACAAUCUUAUAAUUAAGGAGCUGGUCUGGGUCUCAGUGGGAAUUGCUGUUCACUACAGACCUGAUAUAUAAACAAUUAGAAAAUGGAAUCAGCCUGGCUUUGUGUGUGUGUGUGUGUGUGUGUGCAAUUGUCACUAGACUGUAUAAAUAUUGAGAAAUAGAUUCUGCAUUGUGGCAUGCCAAGUGAAUUCAUGCUGUAAUAAAAAAAGCUGUGAUAUUGGCAUAUGGCGAGUCUUACAACAAUCCAACAAUCAAUAACCAAUUAAAAAACGAACAAACAAAUCCAUCAGCAUGUUUUUACUGAUAUCUGACUCACAAAAUGAAUUCAGUUUUUUAAUAUAAUAUGCUCCCUUUCACAUUUAAUGAACCUGUUUGCUUGCUUUUUUUCAAAAGUACACACUGGGCAUUUAUUGUUGAACAUAUCUUUAGAUUCAGUCCUGUACUACACAUUUUCUGUUGUUCCUAGCUUAGCUAUUAGCUUGAUCAACAUUGUUAAUUUGUAAUAAAAGUUGAUUUUCAGUUAAAUAUGACAUUCAACAAAGCAUUUCAUUUGGUAGUGGAUAUUUAAUAGUGAAAAAUAAAAUUCACAGUUUGCAGCCAAGGCAUGUUUGGUGAUUGACAUUUGAUCUUUGGUUUUUAUGUGGUACUAAAAAGCUAAAAAAAAAAAAAAGUAUAAAAAAUGUGAUGUGUCAUUUUUUUCUAUGAAUUAAAAAUGUAAUCGUUUCCAAAUUGCUGUGGUAUACGAGCAAUAAAAAGGUGCUUUUAAAAUAAUCAGCUUCAGGGUAGUAAGGGCUUCAUGUAGGGCCUCAUCACACCACCCUGUCAUUGAUUAUUUUCCUACAACACCAUGUCAACGUCCUGUUUUAUUGCUUAUGCUAUACUGUUUCUUAAUGCUUCUCCUUAACUUGACCCCAGUUCUAUAUCGUAUCGUAUAAUUAGUGUAUACGAAGUUCAGUACUGUCAUGGUAGCUUUUUGCUAACACUGUUUCUUGAUCAAUUCGUAAUGAAUAUGUUGCUGUAAAGCUAUUUUUCCUGUAAAGCUUACAUUUUAUGAUUUUAUAUUCUUGCUACUGAUGAAUAUCGAAGUCUUUUCACCUCUCUCUUUUCCCAGUUUGGUUGUAGACGCAGUUGGAAUGUCAGCAGUUAUCAUUAAGCUUUAAUGAAAUGACACUGAAACACUGAGAGUCACACUGCCUCAUGGUUAUUUUCGGGUCCAUUGUGGUCCCGUCACACACAAUAAGGGAGCCAUAAAAGAAAGACUGUUUAAAUGAGUUUCCUUUUUCUCUGCCUUAUUUAUGACCGUAAAUCCUGGAGGAGACACACACUGAAGCAGAACCUGCCAUCAAAUAUGGACUUUUAUUUAUUUUUUUACAGCUUUCUCUAUUAGCGAUACACUUCUCUCAGUUGAAUUAUUCCUCUUUUUUUUUUGUAUGUAUGUUAACAAUAAACUCCAGAGUGUACUGAAUGAAAUGUAAUCUCAUUACAGAGAAACACUAAAUACGCACACACAAAAACACACACACACACACACACACACACCCACACACGCACAAAGCCGAAUCAGCGACAGAACAAAUGUAAUUAGGCUUCCUACAGAGAGGGGGAAAAAACACCCUUUUAACAAACGAACCAGUGAAGUAAAACUGUAUUAAGAAAUUAGCUUUCUUUCUUUCAGUUUGUGUAAAAAAGAGCAGGUUCUUUGUGGAGACCAGCAAAAUGUCCCAACAAGGCCAAAACUGUCAGAUAUUCCUAUCCUUGUGGGGACAUUUGGUCCCCACCAAGAUAUAAAAACAUGCCCAGUGGAGUGGAGUGUGCUGAAAACAGGAGUGUGUAUCUGUUACCAUUAUUCCUGCAUGAUUUCAUCAAGGUUCAAGGUUCAAAGUUUUGAAAAUUUGUCACAUACAUAUAUGUAAUAUGUGAUGUAAUGUAGUGAAAUGUUUUUCCUUAGUGCCUCGUUCCACAGUGCCACAAUGAUACAUAAUAAAAACAGAAUAUAAUAUAAUAAAAUAAAAUCUAGUAGACUAUAUGUAAAAAUAUGUUUCGCAGCCUUUAGAGGAAUGAAAUGUAGAAUAUGAAUAUGCAUAAAUAGACUAUGUUUAAAAAAGAACAGAUAUACAGAGCUGUAGUGUGCAAAAAAUUCAGGGCCACUGUCUGACAGUUUGAAUUAUCCACAAUAUGUCUUUCUAAUUUCUAAUUUAUGAAGGUUUUUAUUUGAAUAGAACGCUCAGAAAUUCAACAUAAGUACCUGCAUUACUUAACUGAAUAUGAGUAACCUCUCCGGAAUCACUUUUAUCCCAAUUUGGUCAUUUUCCAAUUUUGUAAUCAGCAUAACACACACUGAGGAAAGUGCUAUCUGCCCUCUUUCACAUACAUGAGCUUACAGAUGCCCCUGAUUGGCUAGUCUCGCUCUGAUUGACAGGGGAUUGAGUAAAGCAUCCCUCCCACCCAGAGAGCCAGUUUCGCUCUCUUGGACUUCCGCCAUUCCCGGAACUCGCAAACUCAUGACCAAUGCUUUUCUGUUACACCACUCAGCAGCCUCGAACAUAAAUAUUGACGUACGUUUGAACUUAAGCCGCCAGCUCUGAAUACAGCACAAGUUUGCAAGCACUAAUAGUCAGGUUUCAUUGUUUAAAUCUUCAAAAUCCAUUACCAUCACGUUAGUUCCUUGCAUUCCCUUGCUAUAAAAUCGCUCGAAGUUCUUCCUUCCAUCAGAUUUGUCACUGAGAAAUCAUU